AGAAGGGGUUUCACCAUGUUAGCCAGGAUGGUCUCAAUCUCCUGAUGACCUCGUGAUCCACCCGCCUUGGCAUCCCAAAGUGCUGAGCCACCACGCCCAGCCCAUCAUUACAAUAUUUCUUAGAGACCGUACUGUAGGCCACACCACUGCUGCAAAAUGACUAACAGUUCCUUAUUCUGAGUGAUUCCUGCUUUCUUAUGAACAUCAUGCCCACUUCCUCUCUGUUCUUCCUGUCUCUAGAACAAAGACUAUCAAGAUAUCCAAUUGCUGAACUGUCCUUUCUUCUUGACGGCAUCCAUUCUAAAACAAGUUCCUGCUUCUCUGAUGCCACUUUAAAAUCACUUAGCCUUAAGUCCAAAUUUCAUUUCAAGCCCCCUCCCAGGUCACUCUUUUGGAAACAUCCUCAGACAUAUGCUGUCUUUUGCUGCAUCAAGCUAAUUAAACUCAACUUUGUAUGAGUUCACGUUUUCUUCUAGUAGCCUUGGCGUAUGGGCUUCCACAAUGCUGAGCACAUACUCUAGCACACCAUAUGGAUAAGAAAUGUUAGUUAUUGGCAGUAGUACAGAAAUCUUCUUAUUCUCAACUUCUUGCAUGUAGCACACCUCAAAACAUGUUUGUUCAGUGAAGAGCCAUCCUUAAGUAUCUGGGAAGCCAGGCAGCAUGGCUGGAAUGAAGAGAUGUAGUUUUUCCUUCAAGGUCCAAAAUAUUAUUGAAAAGUGUCUAAGGUAACUGCAACAGCAAUGAGUGGAAUGAAUGGACAAGCAAAGCAAAGAUUUUUUAGCCCACUAAAGUCCAAGUAAUGGCCAGGAAUUGACCAUUGUCUGGACCUGUUAAACCAAGAUAGCCAGAUCUCUAGUAAAAAGAGAAGGUUGAAAUAGCUACACUUUAAAGUUCUUAUUUCCAAAUUUCUACAAACAGUAAUCUGACAAAUAAGGGAAUUAGUAGAAGAAUAAAUGUCCUAGUCACAUACAUGGUUAUUAGGCUAGAUCUGGAACCCAAGACAGGGGAUUUUUUGUGCAGAAGGUGUAUUAGCUAUCUAUUACUGCAUAACAAAUUACCCUAAAGCUUAAUGACUCAAAAAAACAGUAAUCAUUUAUUUUCUCUGGCAAUUUCUCCUAGUCAGUAAUUCAUGAGCUGCCUGGCUGGGAGAUUCAGGCUUAACGUCUCCAUGAGAUGCAGCCGAGGACUGGUGGAUCCACUUCCUAGGUGGCUCAGUCAUGACUGGCUAGUUGAUUCCUCUUUAUAUGUUCCUCCCUGCAGAGCUGUUUGAGUGUCUGCAGGAAAUGAAGGCUAGCUUUCUCCACAGGGAGCAAUCCAAGAGACAAAAACUGAAGUAACAAUAUGUUUUAUGAUCCAGCCCUAGAAGGCAUACAUCAUUUCUACGGGUGUAGUCUAUUGAUAACACAUGCCAACCCUGUUUCAGUGCCAACUCUGCUCCUCUGCCAGAUGUGUUGUUUUGGACCAGCACCUAAAUUCUGAGUCAGUUUCCUCAUUUAUAAUAGAAAAAUAAAUACUUCCUUUCAGGACCUUUUUUUAUGAUUAACAAAUAUAGGAUUACCAAGCGCUGCUUAGCAUAAUGCAUUGCCUCACAACGGGCACUAUUUAGAAGUGUCUUCAUUUUCCUUAGCGUCCUCAGGAAGUCUGUCCUUAUUCUUCUAAAGUUUAAACUCUGAACAUCCCUUUUAUUUUACCCCUGGAGAGGCGAGUCAGUCCCCACCCACCCCUACCUACUCCAACUCAGAUCCAAAGUAGGACAACGGUGGAAGCGGAACUAUAGUUUCCGGGGAGCGACUCGAGUGCCCGGAGUUCAUUGUAAAACGCACCGGAAGUGGGUCCGGCGGCUUUCUUUCCGUCGCGGAGGGCAUCGGCCGGCGACCGUUCCGGCGGCCAUUGCGACAACUUCCCCACGGCUACUGCGUCCACGUGGCGGUGGCGUGGGGACUCCCUGAAAGCAGAGCGGCAGGGCGCCCGGAAGUCGUGAGUCGAGUCUUCCCGGGCUAAUCCAUGCCUGGUUGGAGGCUGCUGACGCAGGUCGGCGCCCAGGUGCUGGGUCGACUCGGGGACGGCCUGGGUGCUGCCCUGGGCCCGGGGAACAGAACACACAUCUGGCUUUUUGUUAGAGGUCUUCAUGGAAAGAGUGGUACAUGGUGGGAUGAGCAUCUUUCUGAAGAAAAUGUCCCAUUCAUUAAGCAGUUGGUCUCUGAUGAAGAUAAAGCCCAAUUAGCAAGUAAACUAUGUCCUCUGAAAGAUGAACCAUGGCCUAUACAUCCUUGGGAACCAGGUUCCUUUAGAGUUGGUCUUAUUGCCUUGAAGCUGGGCAUGAUGCCUUUAUGGACCAAGGAUGGUCAAAAGCAUGUGGUCACAUUACUUCAGGUACAAGACUGUCAUGUCUUAAAAUAUACGUCAAAGGAAAACCAUAAUGGAAAAAUGGCAACCCUUUCUGUAGGAGGAAAAACUGUAUCACGUUUUCGUAAAGCUACAUCCAUAUUGGAAUUUUACCGGGAACUUGGAUUGCCGCCGAAACAGACAGUUAAAAUCUUUAAUAUAACAGAUAAUGCUGCAAUUAAACCAGGCACUCCUCUGUAUGCUGCUCACUUUCGUCCAGGACAGUAUGUGGAUGUCACAGCCAAAACUAUUGGUAAAGGUUUUCAAGGUGUCAUGAAAAGAUGGGGAUUUAAAGGCCAGCCUGCUACGCAUGGUCAAACGAAAACCCACAGGAGACCAGGAGCUGUUGCAACUGGUGAUAUUGGCAGAGUCUGGCCUGGAACUAAAAUGCCUGGAAAAAUGGGAAACAUAUACAGGACAGAAUAUGGACUGAAAGUGUGGAGAAUAAACACAAAGCACAACAUAAUCUAUGUAAAUGGCUCUGUACCUGGACAUAAAAAUUGCUUAGUAAAGGUCAAAGAUUCUAAACUGCCUGCAUAUAAGGAUCUCGGUAAAAAUCUACCAUUCCCUACAUAUUUUCCUGAUGGAGAUGAAGAGGAACUGCCGGAAGAUUUGUAUGAUGAAAACGUGUGUCAGCCCGGUGCGCCUUCUAUUACAUUUGCCUAACGUCUUUGGACGUGGCAGAACCUUACAUACUCUGUGAGCUUCGAUGAGCCAGAGUGAUAUAAUAACCACCAGAAAUCAUACUCUCCUUUCUUAGUCACAACAAAAUCACACAUGUCAUCUUUGUCAAGGGCAUAAAUAUAUCAUUCAUACCCCCAUUAAAUUUUGUUAGAAAAAUUACCACAUUAAAUAUAUGAGUUAAGUAGAUUGGAUUUGCUGAAAUUGGUGUUGGGCAUAUUAGCAAAAUAUUCUUAAUUUGUGGACUCAAUUCUUUUUUACUUCAUAUUUCCCAAGUUAUCUUAAGAUGUCUGUAAAUUUAACUUUUAUUAAAGUUUUGUCAAUCUUUGUGAAAUAGUGGUUGUGGAACAGUAGAAAACCAUAUGGGGACUAUAGUGCAACCUAUUUGGGUAAAGAAACCAUUUGCUAAAAUGGAGAAAGUAAAUAGAUUUUUAUUUAAAUUACAGAAACAUGUUAAAGGCCGGACAAAGGAAAGACAAUAAAAUCAUAAAUUAUC